CUUGCAGCAACCAACACUAACCACUAUAUAGAUUUUCUGUUGCAAUCAACAGUCUUGGGCCAUGCUUGUUACAAUUUUCGCCGCCACACUUUCAGGUAUAAUUAGAAAUGAUUAAGAGAAUCAACAUAGUGCGACACGAGUAGUAGAUGUUUGAGUCUCUUUACUAUUUGGUUAAAGGUCUGUUCCUUGAUCGGUGUAUAUGCCGAGGAUAUCUUGAUUUUAAAUAGUUCAGCAGACAAAAAGUAAAUAAUUUUUAACAUAAGAAUGUUAUUUAUUCAUGUUGGAUUAAAUCAAAAGCAACCCUCCUUGAGAUAAAGGUGAGGCAACAACACAUGAGACCUCAUCAUGAACUUUUGAACACCUAGUAUUGAUGCCAAUAGUCUCUUCUUUAUUACCAAAAAGAAACUAAAAGAAAAGCUAUACACUACCAAUUUUAUAAAGUUCUGUCACAAUAAACUUUUGUACUGUCUUCUUGUUGCUCAAUCUUGUGGUGCAAGGGACCCUACCAAUUCCUUGAUAGAAGGGCUAAACAGAUUUCUGUAAUUCUAAGGCUUCUAAAGUGCAUCUCAGCACAUACUUUUUUCAUUUUAUUCUUUGACAGUAGCCUCACUGUAAGCUUGCUUCACAAGAAAGAAUGAUACACAUUGGUUCACAAAAGAACUAAACUUUAUUUUUGGGUUAUCAUCUAUAAUCCAAAGCAAAGUGAAAUUUCCACAGCAAAGAAACAAAUGAAGUCACAGUCACUCAUGGGGAAAGUGCAAUGUCUUAGCCUUCCAUCUCUUGGAGGUUGCUUUGACAGCUUCCGCGACCAAGCACGAGGCUCGGGAUACGGGACGAGGAUAUGGAACCUAAGUGAUAAGCCAGUGGAGCUGCAAAUAAGGGUGGGAUCAAUACUGAAGAAGAUUCAUACAUUGAAGCCGGGGUCAUCAAAGAGACUCAAAUGUAAGAGCAUAUAUAAGACAUAUGUUCCUAAGAGUGGAAGUGUUGGUGGAAGCUUGAAGAAUCUGUUGUAUUCCUAUGAUGAAACUAGCCACCCUUAUAUUUGGAUUCAUGAGACAGGGUGUCAUUCCUUAAAGAUGGUUAAGCAGCAGUAUGUUAGCCUUGAGGAUAUGAGGGAUUCUUCUGAGAUCAAGAUUUUCAGGGAUCAUCAAAGAGGUUCCAUUUCAGUUCGGAAGAGAAUGAGGCCAGAUUUCUGCUCAACAUGAAUUUCAGAUUAUUUGUUUGUCAUGAGUUGAUAGUGAUAUUUCUGUUUCUAUGUUCUCUUUUAUUUUCAUUGGAAGUUGAUUUUUCUUCUUUUCAUUUUGCCUAUAUUGUUGUAACAUAGUUCUUUUUUUGUGUUUAUUAAGGGAUCCAAUAUCACUGAAAAGAAUGAAGAAGUGGAAACAGUUAAUGAUUAGAAGUCCAAUUGUUGUUUGAGUUAAA